AUGGCAUCCACUAGAGUUCUAAGAAUUUCUAGACCUUUAGGUCUAGGCUCGCCUCGUUUUUCGAGUUCUGCGUGUUCAUCAAUGGUGUCAAGGUCUAUGGCACAAAUGUGUUUAAGCAAAGCAGGAUUGAGUUCGAAAAAUAUGUCAACUGGUGGUGGUGGUGAUGAGAAUAAGACGGCGGUGAAGGCCAUUGGCGGCUCGGCUUGUGUGGUGAUAUCAGAACCGAAGACGGAUAAAGGGGUGGAUUUGGCUUUGUUAACAGCAAAUGCUUCAGAUGUAAUUUUGCAGUGGUGGAUUAUGAUUACUAAACAAAGGCCAUGGAAAUUCAAUAUCCAGAUGUUCAUUGAAAAGGCUAUAGUUGACUGCAGAUUCUUUACAUUGUUUGCAAUUGGAGGAUCUUUGCUUGGUUCAAUAUUGUGUUUUGUUGAGGGUUGUUUCUUGAUACUACAAUCAUAUUUACAAUAUUUUCGCGCAGUCUCACAUACGAUGCAGCAAGGACAUGUUGUACAGCUACUAAUCGAAGCUAUUGAUGUGUUCCUAGUCGGAACAGCAAUGCUUAUUUUCGGAAUUUCUUUAUACGUCAUGUUUGUGGGUACGAACAAUCUCAAAGGCAAAGGAUCACAGCAUCAAAGGCCGAGCUUGUUUGGCAAUUUCAAUGUCGAGACAAUUCCAUCACGGGUAGGAAUACAGUCUGUUAUGCAAGCAAAGUCGAAAAUGGGGCAUGCGGUGAUAAUGAUACUUCUAGUGGAGGUGUUGGAGAAAUUCAAGAGUAUACCUGUGGUUACUGGUUGGGAUCUUGCUUGUUUUGCUGCAGCCAUAUUUGUUUCUUCCGCUUCUAUAUUUCUUCUUUCCAGACUUGCAGUUGCUGGCACUGAUACCGGUAAAUAG